CGCCAGGCGAAAUCGAGUGUCCACAAACAGAGUCGAAACAAAAUAUCCAGCAAGCGUCAUUUCCAUUUUAUUUCCAGAGUGCGUAUUGAGCAGUUCGCUUUUCAAAUUAAAUAGUUGUGUGAUUUACAAUAGUUGAUUAUUUGAUACGAAAUUGUAGAAAAGCAAAAUGCCGAAGAACAAGAAGGACGAUACCUCUGAUUCCGAUUCUGGACCAGAUGAUCGCAUUCCUGUUAAGAAAAGUAAAGGUGACGGAGACACCAAAAGUACUACCAACAAAAAUGGAGAACCAGAAUGGCAGCUUGAUAGGAACCGUAAAAUAACGGUCAGUGAAUUCAAGAAUAAGGUGUAUGUUAAUGUCCGCGAAUACUAUGAGAAGGAUGGUAAGGAGCUUCCGGGCAAGAAAGGUAUUAGUUUGACCGUACCACAAUGGAAGAAGUUGCUGGAAAGCGCCGAUGAGGUGAAUGAAGCCAUUAAAAAGUUUUAAUUCUUUUUUCUACUGUACUUCUUUGAUUUGAUUGUUAAUAAGAGAAACUUGGUUGAUUUUUGGUAGUUCGUAAAGAACCAAGAUAUGGUAUUUUUUAACGUAGCACUCGUACGAUCUAAAGGUUAUCUUAAGCUUAUGUUUGUUUCGUUAUGUCCUUAUAAAUCGGAAGCCUCUGAAGAGAAUAAAUAAUAAAACAUGAUUUUAUAAUUGCAA